AUGAAACAUGGAUCUUCGAACCUCUAUCCUUCCUCGUCCUUCCUUCUCUUUCCCCCUCCUCGCCCUUCGCCCCUGCUUCCUCUCCUCAUCCUUCCCCCCUCCUUCCCCUCCUACCCCGCCUCCCUCCAACCUUCCUCCUUCCUCCUCCUCAUGCCUCAUGCCUCACAGGGCGGGAGCAAGAGGGUCGGCCCCGAGGAGGGCCAAAAGGAGGGCUACGGCUGCUACUACUGGACGGACGACUCAGUCUACCAGGGUAGAUGGACGGACAACGUCAUCGACGGGGCCGGCGCUUACACGGCCAGCGACGGGCGCUCCUUCGCUGGCCAGUGGAAGGAGUCCGUGAUACACGGGCUCGGGAAGUACACCUGGCCGGGUGGGCGCGAGUAUCGCGGCGCCUACGUCGCCGACCAGAAGCACGGCUUCGGGAUCUUCACAUGGCCUGAUGGGAGGAAGUACACGAAGUACGUGGGCUACUGGGCGAACGGCAAGCAGUCUGGCGCCGGCACCUACACCACCAAGGACGGCGGGACGAGGGCGGCGUCGCCGAGCCAGCGGCGAGAGGGCUGA